AUGCUGCGCUCGGCCCCAACUCAACAGUGCGCGGGGCGCGUCCCUUGCCAUGAACCCCGGAAGCACGCGGCGGUGCGCGGGCCGGCCCCGCAGCGCGCCCUCAUGGAUCGGAUGGCGCAGGGCGGGACCGGGCCGGACUACUCGCGCGCGAACCAGAACCUCGCGCUCGAGCUCGUGCGCGUCACCGAGGCCGCGGCGCUCGGCGGCGGCAAGUGGAUGGGCAAGGGCGACAAGAACGCCGCUGACCAGGCGGCGGUGGACAUGAUGCGGAGGGUGUUUGAGGCGUGUGUGGGGGUGCACGGCGUGGUGGUGAUCGGGGAGGGCGAGAAGGACGAGGCGCCGAUGCUGUACAACGGCGAGCACGUCGGGGACGCAAGCGGGCCCCUGAUGGACAUCGCCGUCGACCCGAUCGACGGCACCACGUGCGUCGCGAACGGCCGCAGCGGCGCCAUCGCGGUGAUCGCGAUGGCCGAGGCCGGCUCGAUGUUCAACCCGGGCCCGUGCAUGUACAUGGAGAAGCUCGCCGUCGGGCCGGACGUGCCCGCGGACACGGUGUCGCUCGACGAGUCCGUGGCGCACAACAUCCGCGCUGUGGCACGGGCCAAGAACAAGGCCGUCGACGAGGUCACCGUGGUGCUGCUCGACCGCCCGCGGCACAAGCCGCUGAUCGACGAGAUCCGCGCCGCGGGUGCGCGCAUCCGGCUGAUCUCGGACGGCGACGUGGGCGGGGCGAUCGAGGUGGCCAAGGACGCGUCGCCUGCGGACAUGCUCAUGGGCAUCGGGGGCACGCCGGAGGGCGUGAUCGCGGCGUGCGCGCUGAAGUGCAUGGGCGGGACGAUCUACGGCCGGCUGUGGCCGCGCGACGACGCCGAGCGCGAGCGCACCAUUGCCGCGGGGUACGACCUCAACAAGAUGAUGCGCACGGAGGACCUGUGCAGCGGCGAGAAGGUGUUCUUCGCGGCGACCGGCAUCACGGACGGCGACCUCCUCCGCGGCGUGCGGUACCACUCGGGCGGCGGCGCCACGAGCAGCGUGGUCAUGCGGGGGGAGUCCGGGACCGUGCGGUGGAUCGAGACGCAUCACAAGUGGGCCAAGCCCAGCGCGACCAACCCGAUGUUCCUGACCUCGGACGACUCCAUGCACUAG